GACUGCACAAAUCCACCCAAUCACAAGCCUUCCUGUGUCCCCGGAUCGACGUGGGGGAGCUCUUAUCUUAUCAACGCCAAUCACUUCCUCAACUUGCUUUCUCUCCUUUUUCUUUUCCGCUCUUCCAUCUUCAUACUUAACAAUGUCUGCACACCUACCCAUCAAACGCAAACCACUCGUUCUCCCUCCCCAAGAAACAGGCGUGAUCCGACCCACACCACCGCGACCAAGGUCCUCCAAUGGAAAGACAAGUCCACACCCCGUCCCGCCACCACUACGACCAACCACAUCCAACGGAAGGCCCUCCGAGCUAUAUCCAACACCAACAUCAACGCCACCACCACCCUACUACUAUGACUACCCGCCAAGUCCCAAUGUACCCCCAAUACCUCAAUCGGCAACGCCAACACCACAAACCCACCUGCGACCUCCCCUCCACACAGCGCUCUCAACGCCAUCCCUCCGCACCCACAAAAGCACCCCGAAUCUCCGCCCUCCGCCCCGCUCCACAACAGACCUCCCCGCACCCGCACCAGCUCCAAACGCCAUCCAAAAAGCCUACGGGGAAGUCUCCCACUUCCUGGGCGGUCUAAUCGCCCACCCAACAGAAUCAACUAGGCACCACACCAUCCUCCGCCAUUCGCACGGGAUAGUCUUCUACCGCGGUCCCCCAACCUCAAUCGCCAUCUCCAUCUUCUGCGACACCCCCCUCCCCGCCGACCGAACCUACUACCUCCAAAGCCGCGGCUGGACCGGCAAAACCGGAAUGAGAGCCAAAGCCCUCUUCCGCCUAACAGACGACUGGCUCGACGUGACCCCAUCCUUCGCACUACGCCCCAACCAAGUCGAACCAGGCGACGAGCGCGCCUGGCAGCGCGAUAUCAACAAGUUCCGAAAGAAGGCGCCCUCAAAGCUCCUGAGCCAUAAACUGCGCGAGACAGUCGUGGCGCGGAUCCCCGCCGAAGCAGGCGACGGGUAUUUCCAAUUGAACCUGUGCCAGAACGGGAAGAAGAAGAAGGUUCUUUGCUCCAGUCCCGUUUUUCGGGUGCUAAGUACGUCGUUGGAUCCGAGUUCGUUGCGCGGGGCGAGUCUGUCAACCAUGCCGUUGGAGGUUGGGGCGAUGGUGUUGGGGAUGUAUGCGCAGACGGCGGCGCGGGCGGCGGUGAAUCCUGUUACGGCGAAGGUGUCGAAUAAAUUGGCGGGGUAUAAGCCGAGCGCGGUAAAACAGACUGCUGUGAAAACCGUGUAUUCAGCGAGUGGGAUGGAGGAGAGUGUGAAUAGGAUGAGGGCACGACAUACCCACGGACCCAGCAGCAACGAAGCAGAAAGUAGUGCAAGAGAGGUCCAGGAGCAUCAGCAGGCCGCUACGCUGGAAAUGGGCCCGCAGCACCCGUUCCCGAUGGACUUUAAAGCGCGCGCUCAGCCUCAUGUCCACACAGAGAGAGACCCAGUCGACAUGCCCAGGUACACUCUCGUCAAGGCCCCGGAUUCAGUGCUGGACAGGCUACGCGGGUACUUCCUCGCCUGGACGCGGUUCGACCUGGAUCAAAGCCCCCCGACACAAACACAAACGCCAUACACCCCAACCUCACCAUAUACUCCAUACCACCCCCAAACACCAACAUAUCAAGCUUAUUCCCCCAAACCACAAACUGAACCCCAAGCCCAAAAAAGUCACUGGUACCCAACCAUCAUUUCCCUGCACCCUCUAGACCCAACCCACCAAACAAGAGUGAACCUCUCGCAGGCAAUGCAAAAAACAACUACCCUCCGCUUCCUCGAUGAGGUCCAUCUCCCGCCAUUAGCCAAGGUGCAAGUCCGUGUAAUGUGUUUCUUGCGCGCGGAUAUCCCUCCCCCGUCGCCGUCAGGAAUGACGGAGAAGGAUCUGCUGGUGGCGCGCGAGGCAGCAGCGGAGGCGGAGAUGCUCGCUGAUACGUGUGACGUCGAUUACGCGCAGGCUCUACUGGACCAUCCAGCCUGGGGACCAGAAGGAUCUGGGGGAUCUGAUCGGCAGGGGAGCUGGGUAGGGCGGACGGUGGAAGGGAUGGAAAAUGCGCGAAUGCGGGCGGAGAAGAUGGUGGAUAAGGUGCCGCUGCAUUGGAUUGGGGUUCGGUCGCCCUCGGCGGAGGUACGGGAUCGACAGGUUGAGGUUAAUGGGUUCUAUAUUGUGCGAGGAUAGUAUGGAAUUGAGAGUGU